AUGAAUCAAGUACAAAAGCCUUGUGACGUAUUCAUCAAUCAUCGGGGAAUCGACACCAAGAAGAAUGUGGCGGGUUUGCUGUAUUAUCACCUCAGGAGAUUAGGACUUCAUCCAUUUCUGGACAGCAAGAGCAUGAAGCCCGGAGACCGGUUGUUCGAUAAGAUUAACGCCGGAAUCCGGCAAUGCAAAGUUGGAGUGGCAGUGUUUUCUCCCGAUUACUGUAAAUCCUACUUUUGCCUGCAUGAAUUGGCUCUAAUGAUGGAGACCAAGAAGAAGGUUGUACCGAUUUUUUGCAACGUAAAACCUUCGGAACUUAAGGUUUUGGAUUACGGAACUUGCCCUCCCAAGGAUUUAGAGAGGUUUAGCCGGGCUCUUGAAGAUGCUAAAAACACCGUUGGACUCACUUUUGAUACCUCCUCAGGGGAUUGGUCCGAAUUCCUGGAAGAUGCCUCGGAAGCAAUCAUUAAAAGUUUGAUGGAGACAGAGGCGGCGGCUCAGAGGAUCGAUUUUGAAUUUGUCAAACCCACGCACCCUAGACCUAGAGCUGCUUCUUCAUGGAAGCAGGGGAUUCUGGCCUUCGAUCUGCCCUUCGAGCAAUAA